AUGGGAUCUCCCGAAAAUCUCGAGGCAAAUAUCAACCAGGCGGUGGCCCCUCGGGGCUUGCGAAGUGUGUUGUUGUUAAUAUUGUUCAUCGCGACCAUCAUUUCCAUGGGCUGCACAUUUUUGCUUUACAACACCGAAGCCUCGUAUCUAGCCUUACUGGUGAACCCAUUUUUAUGGCCCGUCAUACCGAUUCCCUUUCAUGCGUUUUCUACAAACAACGUGACAUUUUUCGACAAACCCAAGGACGUCAAAAUCUUCACCGUCGUGGGGUAUAGAAACCCUGCGCGUACCGCAAUUCUGAAUUGCUAUCUUCAGAAAAACCUCGUCGAGAAUGGCGGCAUAAUAGACGAGGUCGUUUUCAUCCCCGAAACCACCGAGACUAGCCAUCUUGAGUGGCUUCAUAGUCUAGCCAACAGCUCCGAUCUGUACUCUAUCGGUACACCAGAAUACAUAGAAUAUGCGAGUCGCGACCUGUAUCUUCAUAUUGACGGCGACAUCGUGUACAUUGAGGAUCACACGAUACCGACCAUGGUGAACACAAAGAUGCAGCAUCCAGACUCGCUCAUUGUAUCGGCCAAUGUUAUUCACCAGUCAGCAGUGGCCAAAUUUCACCAGCGUUCCGGCGUUAUCGUCCCAUACCUUCCGGAACCAUAUCUGGGACAGACACAGCUGCUGAGCACGUCCUCCAGCAGCAGUAAUAAUAAUGGACAUGGUUUACUAUGGUCUAUUCUUCCGCAUCGAAUACGCAAAUACUUUGGAAACAACAACAACAACAACAACAACCCACCAUCACCUACAGGGGGGUUCAACUGGGUGACCCAAGCACAGCAGCACUAUUCGUUCCUCUACCAUCUCGCACAGGGAAACCUCGGAGUAUAUAAAUUCCCGUCAUGGACAAACCCGCCCAGCGCCGUCUCGAGCGCGUUCACAUGCAUCAGAGGCGGAGACAUGGAUUUGAUUUCCGAAAGAUCAGCAGAAACAUCCUGGCUGAGGAAGCACACCAUUAUUGAUGGCAAAGGCGUCGUCUCACACUAUAGCAGCAGCGAAGAAGCCGGACUCGGGCUGCUCGAUUCGACAGAUGUGGUCCAGCGAUAUCAAAGCUUUGCUGAGGAGAAUGUCUGUCCUGGAGUUAAAACAGAUAUAAUCUUCAACCGCGCCAACGUCGCUCUGGCACGAAGCCAGCGCCUGGUCGCAUCAUGGCUCCCUCCUCCAGCCGCAGACGAGAAACAAAAAGGCGAAAUAACCGAGGCUGAGCAGGCUGAAUUGCAGAGGCAGGAGGAUGAAAUGUUUACUCCUGUGCCGGAGAGACUCGGCCUAGGAGCCCCGAUCCCCAAGCAAGGCACCGCCGCCGAUAAAUUAUGGAACAAAACCGAGUUGAGCGCAGAUGAUAAAUUGCGACAGACGCUUUUGGGGAGGAAUUACAAAAAAAUACAAGAGCAGAAACAGGCCGCUGUCGCCGCUGCAGCAAAGAAUCGCGCAAGCGGCGGAUCCGGAUCGUCCGAUUUGAAUAAUCACAACAAGACGAAUAAUAAUGAUGGUGGGGAGAAUGACGAUGACGAUGAAGAGGAAGGGCGGUCUGCGCUCGGUAAAAGCAAGAAGAUCAAGGCCAAAAGCUCUUCUUUACCUGCCAAUGAAAAGAACGAGGGAGACGAAGAUACACAGCCGGCGCCUAAAAAACCAAAGACUGCUGCAGCUUCCAAGCGAAAAGGAGCUGGGAGUUUUCUUGAUGACCUACUAUCAGAUCGAAAAAAGAAACGUAAAAAGUAG